UGUAGUGCUGGGUCCACCGCUAUCGCCAGGGCUGGCGUAACUAUCGAGUACGAGCAGUUAUCGAUGUCUGGCCCUAGGCACACUGCAAUUACGAAAAUAAUUCACUUUAUUUUUUGUAUUUUUCCGGUUUUUCAUGACAAAAACGACCAGUUUCCAGCGCUCGGAAACUCAACAAAUAGCCAGCUUUCCCAAAUAAAGUGACCAAUGGACUAUGCCCCAAAACCAUAGGGCAUCGCAUUAACGCGAUAUUUGAUUGGCCAACCCUGCGUUUGGCUUUUUGUUGUUUUUCUAUUUACCUGGUUAUUUUUUUGGGGGGGAAAAUUACAUUUAAGUGGAAAGCGAAGAGUUUUCCGCGAAAACAAGCUAAAAUCAUGGACAGCGACAAGCAGCUGGAAAGGCAGCUGGAGAAGGAGCUGGACGAGAUGCCGGUGCAGGAUUUGGACGACGAUACCUACGAUGAGUACGAUCUGAUUGUGAUACCCGACCAGAGCAAGACAUCGCCAAAGCGGGCGCACAUCGAUGCAGCGCAGCAUGAAGCCAACACGGUCGCGCCAAAACUGGAGGAGCUGGGCCAACGCAUGCGCCCCACUUGGCCACCGUCGUCCGCUGGCGGCGAUAUGACCACCAUUGAGCUCAUCUCAUCGGACGACGAGCCGUCGGUGGAGGAGGCUGUGGGAGAUGGUAGCGAUGGCGCUGGCGGCGCGGGUAAUGGUUCCACCAGCAGUAGCGAUGAUGUGGGCGUGAUCGAGGAUUCGGACAGUGAGAUGUCCAGUGACAGCGAUAGCGUAAACGGCGGAAAUCAGUUGGAGCGUUCGUACGAGGAGCUGAAUGCUCUGCCCAACAAACAGUUCGCCCAGAUGGUCACCCUCAUCGGUAUCGCAUUCAAACUGAAUGACCUGGAGAAGAUCGAGUCGUCGGUGCUGGCCCUGCAAAAAGUGGCCACUGUGCCGGCUCACGUGUGGCUGAAGUAUCUCAAGGCCCGCCUAGUUGUCACCCAGACGGAGGACGAGCGCAAGGCAUUCGAGGAGAAGUGCGCCAAAGCCUUGGGCUACUACUACAACAUACCGCUCUCCGAAUACAUUGUGAAUUACCUGGUGGAUCAGGGCAACGUGGAGAACCAUGUGCUGUGGGCCAAACUGCUGGCGGACUACGACGUUGAGCGUCCAGACUUUGGCGACAAGCUGCGCACGCUGCUCACCACAAUUAGGGACGAAAAGGAGGCCGCCGCCUUCGAGGAACUGCUACAGAAGCACUGCGUCAGCUGGAAGUGCAGCCAGGAGCAGCGACAGAUUAUCAAGCCCGUCGUGGACGAGUUUAAGCGACAUCUGGACGAGAUUGGACGUGGUUGGGACUGGUCGGAGACCUACAAGCGCCAUGUCGUCGAUGUGGAGGCGUUAUCCCUCGAUGAUGACCUUAAGAACGCUGUUAUCCGUUUCAUAUUUGAGCGCUCGGUGGCCAAGUUUCCCAUUGUCGAUGUGCUGUGGCUAUCCUACAUCGAAUUCAUCCAGGGCGAUGGCGGCAGUGUGGCGGAGGAUGAGGAAACCGCCGAAUUGGCAGCCAAACGGACCAGCCGGUUGAGCAAAGGUUUCCUGCGCAACACGGCCCUGGAUUUGGCCAUGCGUGGUGUGCGCAGUCGCCCCAGUGUGCGACUGAAUCACCGAUACCUCGACCUGAUGGAGCGUGCCGAUUUUGAGCAGCCGGAAGUUGAUCAACAGAUACGCGCCAUAUUGCAGCGCAUUGUGCCCGACAUGGACAUGACCGUGGAGCUGCACCUGGACUAUCUGGCCUACUGUGUGCGCAACACCAAUGCCGGCGACGAGGAGCAGGCCGCCAGUCUGCGUGCCGCCUUCAAUCGCGUGUGGGAAGAGCUAUCCGCGCUCUACGGCGACGAGGCGGACACCAGGUACGAGGUGCUGCAACUGUGGGCCCAAGUGGAGUACACGCACCUGGCCAGUCCGGCCAAUGGCUGGCACAUUUGGCGCCAGAUAAUGGGUUAUCCGGGCAGCUCGCAUCGCGGCCUGCUUUGGCUGGGCUUCGCCCAAAUGGAAAGCGAAUACAAUGCUGGCCAGGGCACACGCGACGUUCUCCGCGAGGCGCUCUCCCAGCCCGUCCUGGAGGAUGGCAUCAUGGUGCAGGAGCUUUACCGCCGCUAUGAACGAUGUUAUGGCACCUACGAGUCCAUUGCCGCCUGCCAGGCCCUCGAUCUGCCCGCUGAAUAUAUGAAGCCGCGUUCCCGCAUCAAGCCCCAUACUCAGUUGGCCAAUUCUCGCCCACAGAAGCAGCAGCAGCAUCACCAGCAGCAGCAGCAGCCUCGCCAGCAAUCACAAUCGAAUCGCGAGCCACUGAAUCGCGAGCAGCGACGUCGCCAGGCGCACGAACAGCAACAGCAACUGAAGCAGGGCAAGAAGAGGCCACUGUCCACACAGGCGGCCAAAGCAGAGACAUCCGGCGGAGCCUCGCAACCAGCAUCGAAGGCCAGGGAGCCAGCCAAUGCGCAACCAGAUGCAGAGGCCAGGGAGUCGAACUUUAAGUACUCGCCCAACAUGGAGAUCAACAAGAUCUUUGUGAGGAACCUGCAUCCCGCCUGCAGCAAGGAGGAGUUGCACGAGCUGUUCUCGCCCUUUGGCAGCAUCAAGGAUGUGCGCCUCGUGCACAAGCUAAACAAGCAGUUCAAGGGCAUUGCAUACGUGGAGUUCGAGAAGCCGGGAGAGGCUCAGAGAGCGGUGGCUGGACGCGACGGUCACCUGCUGAAGGGCAUGAAUAUUUCCGUGGCCAUUUCCAACCCGCCGCCGAGGGGCUCAGCCGCCGAUGUUGCCAAGCCCAGUGUGGCGCCCAAGAGACGUGUGCCCACCUCGCUUAUACCAACGAGUCUGGUGCGCCAGGAGGUGGCCGCCAAGAAGCGACGCUUGCUGCUGGUCGAGCCAGGCACAUCAACGGCUGGCGAGGCCACCGAGCCCGAGGCUAAUGGCGCAUCGGUGGCCAACGUGGAGCAAAAGGCGGAAGAGCCAACUGCUGCGCCCAAGUCAAACGAUGAUUUUCGCAAGCUGUUCCUUAAGGAUUAGGCCACAAAUGCCGGCGGCUGAGCCUGGUGCCAGCAGCGAUUGGUAGUUUGCAGUCGCGGACGAAGAUUCGGAGCUUACAUUGUUAGUUUUAAGACAACCUUAACUGAACCGAUGGGCUGGAGUUGUGUACAAAGUGAAGCAGACCUAAGACAAUGAUUUUUUUUCCGACACAUAAUUGGUUUUUAAGUGCGAGCCAUGUAAACAAAUGACGAUCAUACGAGUGAAUCUCGCAUUUGUCGAGCUUGUUCGAAGUUAUGCAAGUUGUGCAUGUGUCAACUGAUCGAGUUGAGUAAUCUUGGCCAGAAAACGCCAUUUGUUGUCUACGAAAUAAAAUGUCGAAAUAAAAUGUACAAAAAUCGA